AUGUUGCCCUCUUUCUUGUUGCUACUAUCAUCACUGGGUACUGGCCUAGUUCAGGCUCAGCCAACCCUGGAUGACCUGUAUCUUGAGAAUGCACCAUCCUCCCCUCGUCCAUAUGUCAUUCCUCACUAUGCAAACUCCCAUGCUGUUACCAUCGACAGCCAACUAUAUCGAUUCACAGUGACCGGACCCUCGUCAGGAUAUGCCUUCACCCUCAUGAGCACCAAUGCUCCUUCCAGCGGUUCAUUGGGUGUGCUCCCUCAUAUUCAUCGCGUGCACUAUGAGAAUUUCUUCUCUUUCAAGGGCCGCUUUCAGCUCUGGGCUCAGAAAGGUGAUAGCGAGCAGCAAGCUCGUUUACUCACGCAGGGAGACUAUGGAUCCGUGCCGAGGAAUACUACACAUACCUUCCAGAUUCUGGAUCCUGAUACCGAGAUGGUCGGCGUGAUUGUCCCUGGUGGAUUUGAGGAUCUUUUCUAUGCCCUCGGUACAAACUAUACCUCUGGAACGGACACUCCCUACGUUCCCCAAUCAACCAAUGAUUCCUCUACAACUGGCCCCGGGGCGUCCACAAUUUCCGCUCUGCAAAAAUACGAUGUAUAUGCCGAGCUGGACUUUAACCCCCGGCGUGAUUUGGUCAACGGCACUGCUCCCUCCGAUGCCAGCGAAUGGCACAGCGGUGCAAAUGACCUGGGCACUCCAGGCCAACCCUACUUUAUCGCAAACGGCUACGGACCUAAAUAUCUCAACUCUCAGCAUGGAUAUCAAAUUGUUCAGCCUCUGGUUUCCCCCAAGCAGGCGCAAGAUACCAACUAUACUCUGGCGACCUUUUCCAUCAGCCGGCAAACCAAACAAAAUCCAACUCAGUGGGUUCUCGCAGGCGCAGCUGCCUUUGAGGUCCUCGAGGGCGUGCUAUCUAUCCAGAUCGGAGACUACCCCGUCGCUCAAUUGAACAUGGGUGAUGUUGCUUUUAUUCCGGCGCAUGUCGCCUUCACUUACUACAGUGAAGUUUCCUUUACCAAAGUUCUCUACGUGAGCAGUGGUACUGGGGGCGUGGAUCAACAGCUGAUCAGUGGAGGCAAGACUUGGGACUUCGUUGCUUUCCCGAAAUACUGA